AUAUAUAAAACAAAUAACUGAAAUAUCAUAGAAAACCCAUAGACGCUUCGUAUAUUUUUUUUAUUAGAUUUGACAAAUUCUAUAUAAGGUAGUUGACCAGAAGAAAAUAUAUAAAAACGAGGCGAUAUGGAAAAUUACGUGAAUUUGAUUUCAUAUUCUUACCAAAGUCUCCCGGUUUAGCAUUUUUGGUCAUACCGCUUCAUAUUCUUACCAAAGUCUCCCGGUUUAGCAUUUGUUUGGUCAGACCGCUUCAUAUUCUUUUACAAAAUUAUCCCGGUUCAGCAAUUGUUUUGGUCAGACCGGUUUAAUCAUAUCCUUAUCCUAGCAUAUAGUAUAUGAAUGAUUCACAUUAUCAUCAUCAUCUUCCCCAAGAAAAAAAAAAGUCACUAAAAAAAAAUAAUAAAAGAAGAAGCGGUAAAGCGUCAGAAAGAAGGAAGACAAGACACAACAACGCCUCCAUUAUUGUCCGAAUCUUCUUCGCGUCUCUCAACAACAUCACCACCACCUCUCAAAUGAUUCUCCUAUAGAAUCCCUCCUCUUAAAAAACCACCUUUAGAUCUCUCGCAUGACGAUCCGGAGUUUGAUCCAAGAAAUGCGGUCGAGACCGCACCGCGUGGUCCACGAAGCAGCUUCGCCCACUCCUGGCUCGGAACCUUUUCGAUGGUCGGAGCUCCCUGACGAGCUGCUGAGAGAAAUCCUGAUUAGAGUCGAGUCGGCGGACGACGGAGACUGGCCGUCGCGGCGAAGCGUGGUGGCUUGCGCCGGUGUGUGCCGUGUGUGGAGGAUGAUAGUGAAGGAGAUCGUAGGUGUUCCUGAACUCUCCUCUAAAUUGACUUUCCCAAUCUCUCUCAAGCAGCCUGGUCCAAGGGGUUCUCUAGUUCAAUGCUUCAUAAAACGUAACCGGAAUACACAAUCCUAUCAUCUCUAUCUCGGUUUAACUAACUCUUUGACAGAUAACGGGAAGUUUCUUCUUGCUGCUUGUAAGCUGAAGCGCGCAACGUGCACUGAUUACAUCAUCUCCUUGCGCUCUGACGAUAUGUCAAGGCGAAGCAACGCAUAUCUCGGCAGAGUCAGAUCGAACUUUAUUGGAACAAAGUUCACGGUCUUUGAAGGCAAUCUAAUGCCACAGACCAGAUCAUCAAAGAUGGUGAAGAGCCGCUCUUCUAACCUCAUGAAAGUUUCACCUAGAGCUCCUUCAGGAAGUUACCCCGUUGCUCACAUUUCAUACGAGUUAAACGUCUUAGGCUCCAGGGGACCAAGAAGAAUGCGUUGCGUAAUGGAUACAUUACCUACGAGUCUCAUGCAUCCCCAAAGAGCAGCAGGUUCAAGCAACAGCUUGAGAGACCCGCCACUGGUGCUGAGCAACAAGACACCACGGUGGCACGAGCAGCUGCGCUGCUGGUGCUUGAAUUUCCACGGUCGAGUCACGGUGGCAUCAGUCAAGAACUUUCAGCUUGUGGCGGUCGGAGAUAGGGAGACAGAGCAGGCGACGUCUGAGAGGAUUAUACUCCAGUUUGGGAAAGUUGGAAAGGACAUGUUCACUAUGGAUUAUGGAUAUCCCAUCUCUGCGUUUCAAGCGUUUGCGAUUUGCUUGAGCAGUUUUGAGACCAGAAUCGCUUGUGAAUGAUGAAGAAAGAGACCAAAACCUCUAAAACACCUUAUUUUUUUUUUAUGUACACUUAGUGUUGUUGUUGUCUGUAAAUGGUGACAUACUUGUGCCUUAAUCUCAGGACCGUUGAUAGCUUUUGUCUGGAUUUGGUUUACUACCAUUAUAUAUUUUCUCUAUUUAUAACCUAAA